UUAGACGUAUACACGAGGCAGGGUUUGACUCAGUUUGUCCAUGGUUGGUAAAAAGAAGUCAGUGGUAUAUAAAGGCUAACUACACAUAAUAAUUAUUAGAGGUCUAUCGCAAGAGUAAGCAGCAGGUCAGUGUUUAUGCUCCAGGAACAAGCGCUACCACAACACAAGCUUCUGCGUGAUAAACUAUUUGUAUUGAGACUCGAACAAGUGCAGACGAAAGCGGUGCCAGCAACAUGUACAGGAUGGGAGAAACAUGCACACUAAACCCCCUACAGUUCGGUGGAUUCAGCCAGGAAUUGAGGCCAGAAGACCUCAACAUGACUGGUGACUUCAUCAAUUUCGACUUCACCUCAACCCAGUUCAACGAUUUCUUCAGCCACAGCCCUGCCCCCGCCGCAGGUGAAGACACAAAUGAGAUGGAAUGCGCCCUCAGCGAGGAGAUAAUGCCUACCUACGAGCCUAGCAUCAAGGUGGAGAUGCCAGAGGAAUCAUCAAUGCUGAGUGGUUUGAUGGUGCCCCCAGCACAGAGCCAGUACAACGAAGACAUGGACCAAGUCCAAGAGUUGAUUGUGCGGGAUGUCAUGGAUGACAUUGUCACAGCCUGCCAGCUGAUUGACAUCCCCACAGAUCCGUACAGGUGGAACUCUGAGCAGGUUCAAAAGUGGGUCGAAUGGACGAGGCAUCAGUACCGGCUACCUGAGAUCGAAAUUGGGUUCUUUACCAUGGACGGAAUGAGGCUGUGCAGCUUGACUGACGAACAGUUCAGACAGAUCCUUCCAAAAUCAGGAGACAUCCUGUAUGCCCAUUUGGAUAUCUGGAAGAACGCUGCUAAAAUGAAGAUUGCCGAGGAGAUCCUUUCCCCGUGUAAUCCUGUCAGCCAAUUUCCUGUGGAUGAGGGCUGCAACUACCUUGACCUAAGUUCACUUGCUGGAUAUGAGACGUCAAGCUCUGUCUCAAACAGUGAUGAUGAGGCUUCAAUCCCUUCUCCUGGUCCCAGUGGACCCAACACCUUCAUGACCCCCAACCACACCGGUGGAAUCCACCUGUGGCAGUUCCUCAAGGAGCUGCUCCUGCAGCCAGAUUCCUAUGGCUAUUGCAUCCGGUGGCUGGACCGAUCGCAAGGUAUCUUUAAGAUCGAAGACUCAGUUGAAGUGGCUCGGCUAUGGGGCUUGCGCAAGAACCGGCCAGCCAUGAACUAUGACAAGCUUAGUCGCUCUAUCAGGCAGUACUACAAGAAGGGUAUCAUGAAGAAGACGGAGGUUGCACAGCGGCUUGUGUACCAGUUUGUGCACCCAUGUUAGUACCCCUGUCCAUCGGGGUGUUGUGACCCAUGCAACAACAUAUGUCCGUUAUAUUAACAUGAUCUCUUUCACUUGAUACAAUAAAAAUGUACAAACAGCUAUUUAUUUUUUAAAUCUAACUUAUUCUUUGUAAAUACUUUCAACUUGGAUCAUUUUACAAUCUAUGCUGCCAUGUUGCCUUAUAUUUCUUCAAUAUUGUAACGCAAUUUUCUGAAUGUAAUGAACAUACUUUUUCUAGAAGUACUACUUUAAAUCUAAGAGUAUGUUGUACAAAAAUUAACUAUGCGGACCAAAUGUUUUUAAGUUAGAGAAAAUUGCUUAAGUUUAUACUUCUUUCUGAACUGUAUUAUGAAGGUUUGGUGUAACUCCACGACAACAAAGAUAAGGCAAACAAUUUUAUUUGUACAUUGGAAAUUUCCUUUGAAUACAGAUGAAGGAAACUACACAGGAGACUUAUUCAAUCCAAAAAUCCAGAUCCAAAGAUGGGCAGGUGAUUCUUAUUUCCAAGGUGUGAGAUACGAAACCUUUAGAUCAUUCUUAUUUGUAAAAUGAGCAGAAUCUUAUCUGCUUAGUGUUUAGUAAGUUUACUAAACUAUUUAUCUUACUUUUUGUAUGUAUAUACAGUACAAAGGCGGUAGACUUAUUUAACAGUUUGUUGAAAUUUUUUCAGAAACUGGAAACAUGUGUUAUGUUUCACAAUUGCGCGGCAGUGAGCUGCAUUGAGGUAUGUUCUAUGAACAGCAAAGUCAUUUAAAUGCAUCAGAAAUCUUAAUGGGGUGAAGCAGUUGUUGCUGGUCGUAGUUUUGAUUAAAAAAAAAUGACCACCAUCAAAUGAAACUGCACAAAGCCAGCACAAGAUGUGCAUUUGAGCAGACGGAUAUAACCUCUUUUUAUAGUUCAAACAGUAAAUUGUUUUCCUAGUAAAAAAAACCCAUUAGAUUAUGCAUUUGAAGCACUUUGAACUUUUUUCUAAUGAAUGACGUUUGUUCUGUGUGAUGUGUGGACUUGUUUGAUUUUUCCAUUUUUAUGAACUGAAAACUGAGUUUAAAUUAGUGAUUGUGUUUCAGUACCUUUAGAAGAACCUUUACCAGAUGAAAGCAACUCUCAUUGCAUAAAUACAAUUUAUAUUUUUUUGCGACAUAUAAUUGCAUUAAUUGAUUUUGCCUGUCUAAUCAGAUGCUUCUGUAUGCGCCAUAAUGUUUUUAUAUUGAAAUUGAACGGAAACGAAAAUAAAAUUAUAUUUAAAUUACAUAGA